UAGGUUGUUGAUAUAUCUCCUCCCCAGCCCUCCCUCCCCUCUCCGCCUCUUCUCUCCACCAAGCCUAGCUCCCCCAAGGAAUUUAUGGAUCUCGGCGCCACCCCCAAUGGAUCUACUCUAUAUAUCGCGGCGUAUGAAUAUCAGGAAAAGCCUCAAACUAACCUCAGAACAAAGAUAAAAAGUUCUGGGUUUAGGAGUAAAUACAAUUCACACGUUGGUAACGACUGGUCCAGAAUCAAGAUGUCCAUUGCUGAGAAAAAGUUACGGAUAGCUGCAAGUACAAAUAAUUCCGAGCAGGUGGAGCAGCUCUGCCAAAAUGGUGUUAAUGUCAGGUGUUUCGAUGAACAUCAGCGAAGUCCCUUACAUUUUGCUGCUGCCAUGGGUUACUCUGAAGUUGCAGAGAUCUUACUUAAGCAUGGAGCUGACCCUAAUCAGAAGGAUAAACUAGGAAAUACAGCUCUGCACCUGGCAGCGUGUACCAACCAUGUACCUGUUGUAACUCUACUACUUCGAGCUGGAACUGAUAUUACAACUAUUGAUAACAACGGAAGAACUCCUAUGCAACUUGCUCAAGCGAAGUUAAAGAUAUUACAACGAAGUAGUUCCACUCAAAAAGAAAUGUCCCAGGUAAAGGAUGAAGUAAGUGGAGUACUGGAGAUGAUGAGGGAAUAUCUCAAGAAGGUUUUACAGUCAAGAGAUACAGAUAGACCUGGAGGAACAGAAGAGGUUUAUUCACAGCUCAUUAAUUCAUUUUCUCAACGUCUUAGUCUGCAUACUUCACACAGUGACCUUAGUAACGAUCUUGGCAAUCUACUUCAGUCAUUGGGGACUCUUAACCUGAACACUCCCUGAACCUGAACCGUGAACGCUCUCUGAACUCGAAAACUCCCUAAAUCUGAACACUCCAUGAACAUACAAACCCCUGAAGUUUAAGACUCUCUGAACCUGAACACUCCCUGAACCUGAAAGUAACACUGCAAACCACAUAUCUUUCGCCCUCCCCCCCACAUCAUCAAAACAAUUACUGAACUCACUGUACCUGAAACUUUAUCAAAUUAUCUCUGAACUCCUAAGGUUUCCAUUCCCAAACUAAAUUUGAGGUCGGAAUUAAUGAAUUACGAGAAGCAGUUGAACUAUGUUCUUCUCUACUCUCUAGUGAGAGUCGAGACUGAGACAGCACUAAAUAAGAAAUUCUGCUUUCUCUUGCUAUUCACAAGUUCUGAGCUCAGAUAAUAAUCAUUGUAGAAAAUCAUGUUUUCUAAUGAAACGUAUUUGCAAUUUGCAUGGAAUAAUAUCUGCGUCUUUAAUACAUGUUUUCUACUUGUCACUCUUUUACCAUUGUCAAAGCCUAAAAAACGUUGCAAACAAGA